GUAGUAACUAACCUGACUGUCUUCAUAUCACCUUUACAGAGGAGAGGAUGGGUUUCCUCAGACUCGAACCCAGGAGUGACUCGGCGGAGGAAGACGACAUGCUACAAGCUAAAGUUAGCAAGGAAUCCAAGUCGUCACCAAGGCUUCAACCACAUCAAUGGGGCACCGCUUCUCCAGACGCAGAAUGUCCGACCUGGACAGCUUGCCUCAGGGCCGCUUUUCCUUCAGCGAAGAGGCGCCUCCGCGGUACUCAGGUGGAGGGGAUCAGGAUACCGUCAGAAACGGUCAAGCCAGCAGCCUCAGCCGUGACAUCAACGUUAACAUGGAAACGAUCCCAGGACAGCAGUCCGACCGUCGGGCUUCGAGGCAGGACGGGCGACGACCGUCCAUUUACAGCACAAUGGAUGCGGUGCCUCAUCUGGAGUUCUACUGCAACGCCACCGCUACAGGCCGGCUACGGCGCAGCAGACCUUCCCUGGAGACUCUCCGCAAGGCUUUUGAGUGGUCAGGACCCCCAUGGACCCUCACAGAGCAGGAUGGUGAAUCGUGCAAUAAUACGGGAGACUCGGGAACCGGAAGCCUGUCUACAGUCCCAGAGCAGGGGGAGGAGGAGAAUGGCGCUGAGGGGAAGACGACUGAACCGGUCCGUUUCGGCUGGGUCACGGGCGUUAUGAUUCGCUGUAUGUUGAAUAUCUGGGGAGUCAUUCUGUUCCUGCGAUUGUCCUGGAUUACAUCUCAGGCAGGAAUCCUUCUCACUUGGGUCAUCAUCUUAAUGUCCGUCCUGGUGACCUCGAUUUCUUCAUUAUCUGUGUCCGCCAUUGCCACCAAUGGAAGGGUCUCAUCGGGUGGUGGCUACUUCAUGAUUUCCCGCACUCUGGGUCCUGAAAUGGGGGGCCCCAUCGGUAUGGUGUUCUCCUUUGCCAAUGCUCUGGGCUGUGCCCUCAACACUGUGGGAUUUUCGGAGUCUGUCCGAGACCUCCUCGUUGAGUAUAACGCCGUCAUGGUGGAUGAAAUCAAUGAUGUGCGAAUCGUAGGUACCAUCACGGUCACUGUGCUUCUGCUCAUCUCAUUGGCUGGAAUGGAGUGGGAGUCAAAGACCCAGGUUCUGUUCUUCCUUGUGCUGAUGGUGACCUUCGCCAACUAUUUUGUUGGUACAUUCAUUCCAGCCACUCCACAGAAGCAGUCAAAGGGUUUCUUCGGCUACAGAGUUGAGAUUUUUGUGGAGAAUCUGUUACCUGACUGGAGAGGGUCAGAGGGAAAUUUCUUCCAGAUGUUUGCCAUCUUUUUCCCCUCUGCUAUCGGCAUCCUGGCAGGUGCCAACAUCUCAGGAGACCUGAAGGAUCCACAGACUGCCAUCCCCAAAGGAACAAUUAUGGCCAUCUUCUCCACAACAAUGAGCUAUUUAUUGAUUUCCAUCACUGCAGGAGCGUGUGUGUUGCGCGAUGCCUCUGGGAACCUGAAUGACAGUUUGCCAGUGAACUACUCUGGACCAUGUGAGGGUCUGGGAUGCAAGUUAGGCUGGAACUUCACAAAGUGUGAACAGAGCCAAUCCUGCUCCUUCGGCCUGUCCAACAGCUUCCAGGUGCUCAACUUGAUCUCAGGCUUCGGUCCUCUUAUCACUGCUGGCUUGUUUGCUGCCAGCCUGUCAUCCGCCCUCGCCUUCCUCGUCUCUGCCCCCAAAGUAUUCCAGUGUCUCUGCAGGGACAACAUUUACCCUUACAUAGGCUUCUUCGGUAAGGGCUACGGGAAGAACGAUGAGCCGCUGCGUGCCUACAUCCUCACUUACUUCAUCGCACUGGCAUUUAUUCUGAUUGCCCAGUUGAACGUCAUCGCGCCUCUGAUCUCCAAUUUCUUUCUAUGUUCCUACGCCCUCAUCAACUUCAGCUGCUUCCAUGCGUCCAUCACCAACUCCCCAGGUUGGAGGCCAUCAUUCAAAUACUACAGCAAAUGGACUGCUCUGUUUGGGUCCAUCAUCUCUGUGGUGCUGAUGUUCCUGCUCACCUGGUGGGCAGCCCUCAUUACAUUUGGCAUUAUCCUCUUCCUGUUUGGAUAUGUUACAUACAAGAAACCAGAGGUCAACUGGGGCUCGUCAGUUCAGGCUGGAACCUACAACAUGGCUCUGUCCUAUUCAGUGUCUCUCUCUAGUGUAGCGGACCAUGUCAAAAAUUUCAGGCCACAGUGUCUGGUUCUAACUGGUCCUCCUAACUUGCGUCCAGCUCUGGUGGACUUUGUGGGCUCAUUCACUAAGAAUGUCAGUCUGAUGAUCUGUGGCGACAUUCUUAUGGACGAUGACAAGUCGGUCAUAUCGCAGCGAAACACAGACAAACUGGUCAAAUGGCUGAACCGCAGGAAGGUGCGCUCCUUCUACACCCCUUUCAAAGGAGACAGUCUAAGAGAGGGGGCUAGUCACCUCUUGCAGGCUGCCGGUCUGGGAAAGAUGAAGCCUAAUACGCUGGUCAUGGGCUUCAAGACUAACUGGCAGGAGUGCUCCCCCUCCAGUGUGGAGAACUAUGUUAACACUAUAUAUGACACCUUCGACUCCAACUAUGGAGUGUGUAUUCUCCGGAUGAUGGACGGCCUUGACAUUACAGAGGAGCUGCAGUGUGAAGCAAACCAGGCGUUUGAGAGUGAUGAGGCAAUCAAUUCAGACCACAGCGAAAAUUCAGAGGGGGAAUCAGAAGAGGAAAACACAAACCACAUCAUAAACGAUGAGAUCCGGACGGUUUUUCAGAACAAACAAGGGAAGAAGAACAUAGACGUCUACUGGAUCUCUGAUGAUGGUGGCCUGACGCUGCUGGUCCCCUAUCUGCUGACGAGGAGGAAGCGCUGGAGGAGGAGCAAAGUUCGAGUCUUUGUCAUUGGCCAGCAGCAGACCAAGGAGGAUGAACGCACAGAGAUGAUGGUUUUACUACGGAGAUUUCGACUGGAUGUCCAUGAUGUCAUCGUGAUAACAGACAGCGAACGGCCACCUUUUUCCAAAAACUUGAAUCGCUUUGAGGACUCUAUAGCCGGCUUCAGGCUCCGAGAAGGACAGCAGGCAGAGGGGCCAGCGCAUCAGGAAAGGACGGAGGGUCCUUGGAAAAUUUCAGACAAGCAGAUGGAUGCAUUCAGACUCAAGUCUGAGAGAAAGGUGAGGCUGAAUGAGAUCAUCAGGAGAAAUUCCAAACACGCUGCUCUGGUCUUAGUGUCGGUACCUGUCCCUCAGGGCGGCUGCCCCAGCUCUCUCUACAUGGCUUGGCUGGACGCACUGAGCUGUGGACUGCACUGCCCCAUCCUGCUGAUUAGAGGAAACCAGCAGAAUGUCCUCACCUUCUACUGCCAGUAACUCCCUCAUCCAGCACUCAUCAAGUAAUUAAUGUAGAAGAAAUCAAAGAAAUUUGAAUAAGUCUGUUAUUUGUACAAAUACAAUAUAUAACACAGUGGUUUAUGAACAGCUUUGUAAAUGAUGAUGAAACUCAAGUUCAGCAUUUGUAGAAUUCAGUUUGCCAUCAGUCCAUCCUGCCUGAUAUUUCUCGAUAUUUCUGACUUUGAUUUGCUGUAUAUUGGACUAGGAGCACCAAACUUAUUUAGAAAUGUGUUUUUAAUUAAUUAUGAGUCGGUUUCACGAGACAGAGAUUUCAAUUCCAUCUUUUUUUCUGCAAAGUUAAACGGUUGAGAUGUAAUCAGGGCGGUUUGGUGUGAAACUCUGUUCCAGAGAAACGUACCAAGUCAGAGCUGCUCACAGUGGUGGUGAUGGGAACCAGACGUCCCUCUAAAAGCUCCUCACAGAAAGUUCCUCCAUGAGCUGGUUCUGAAUUCACUGCCUGAUGACUGAGACGCUGUUUUACGACAGUUUAGUGAUGAAUGUUUGGACUAAACGUUUUGUAAUCAAUUUACUUUAAUCUGUUCACAGCGGAGGGAUACAUGUAGGGUGUUCUAACCCAAGCUAGUCCCCAAUAAAACGUUUUUGUUUCUAGAUUUUCCACUAUUUCACCAUCAGUAAGGAAAUCUGAGCCUGAAAGUUUCUCUAGGACGGAGCAUUUCACACCAAAACAACCUGAACGACUUUGUUCCCAUAGUAACCACUGAAUUAUAGGACAACACGUAUUUUGAAAAACAAGAGUUCCCCCUGAAGUGCAAGUAAAACGCACUCACUGAUUAUUUUCCCCUCGUUUCAUUUAUUUUCCCAAUAUUUCGCAGUUCAUUACUACGAACAGAUGUUAACUAAUUCUAGCAGUCAUAUAAAAUAAUAAUAAUAAUGAAAAAGGAGAUUUUUUAAAAAUGUAUUAAUGAAAUUUCUGAGCUUUUCUUAAUGCUGUGCAAAUUCAGAAACAAGAAUAUAGGAUUACAGCCGUGCUGGUUCCCCCCUCUGAAUUUGAAGCUCUUGCUGAUUAGGUGCUGAGUUGAAUCAGGUGAGUUAAAUGAGGUGCUGGACUCUUGAGUGCCAGGCAGGACAGCAGUCUGACUCUCUGUGUUCAGUGAAUCACUGUAAAAUGAAUGAACGGUUUUUGUGGUAUAUUUACUAUACGUUUGUAAAUACAGUGCAGAAGAUAAAUGAGUGAGUUCUGCUUUAUUUUAAUUAAAAUAAA